ACGAAUUAAUUAAAAUUCAUUAGCAAAAAAUGGGUUCACCGAUAGAAUUUGUGGCUCAAUGCAUCGCUUGUCUCUCGGAGAAUGUCGAAAAUGUGAAAUCAAAUCCAAAUUUGGCCAAAAUUUACGAAGAAUUGAUCCAGGAACAGAUAACGGAGAAACUUCAUGAAAACUCGUAUAUUUUUUGUAUUUCGUGCGAAAAUCAUCUCAACACAUUCCAAAAGUUCAAAGAAACAUGCAAAGAAUCAUGGAAAAAGCUUGCAAAUCAUUUCGCCGACGAUUGGGAACGACAAUUGGAGAAGAUUUUCUGUGAUAGUCCCAUGCAACAGGAAAUAAUUAUCGAUAAUCAGCUAAAAAAUGACGACGAGGAAGUAUUUUUAGUUGAUUCCGACUCAGAAGCGAGCACAAUCCCGCCGGAAGAGCCAAACCAGGAGCUCGAAGAUGUCACGAUGAUCAAAUUUGAGGCAAAAAGUGAUGAAAAUGAGAGUUCUUGUAUGGAGGAAAGUGAUGAAAAGCUCAAAAAACGAAAGAAAACCCAUCGAGAAUCGCUUGUUACGCGCGGACUUUUGCCAAAACGCGAAAAUAUUUCAGUCAGUAUCUGCAAUGUGUGUCAUAUAAGUUCAAAAGACAUCAAAACGCACUACAUUACGGCACAUACAACGGAAGAACUUGACGAAUACAUUUGCUCAAAUUGCACAAUUGUCCAUAAAACGCAGGAAAAAAUCAUUAAGCACAUCAAAAAUUACCACACGUUCUAUUUGAAGCCACGAAAAUGCACGUUUUGCGAUGCAACGUUCAUCGAAUCCGGCGAAUAUCGUCGCCAUUUUACCUCCCAUCAAAUUGAUUAUUCCAAUCACGUUUGUAACAUUUGCGGAAAACUCGAAAGAAACAAUUCCACGUUGCAAGUUCACAUAAAUCGCGUGCAUAAAGGGUACCAUCAGUGUAGACAUUGCACGAAAAUGUUCGGCGACAGCGAAGAAUUCUACAAUCAUCUGAAAUGGGAGAUGGAAAAGCGUCAAGCCAAAGAGAAAAAUACCGAAAUAACGCUCGUUUGCGAUAUUUGUGGCUUCAAAACCCGCAUAAAGGACGAAUUGACGCAACAUACUGUCGAUUUUCACAAAAUCCCGAAACGCAAAGAACUUUCGUGCGAAGUUUGUGACAAAAAAUUCAUCAAUUCCGACCAUUUGGCGAAUCACGUGCGCAUUAUGCACAAGAAAAAGUACAAAUGUACCGAAUGUGACUUCCUCUUUGGAUCGUUGACAGACAUGCGAGAUCAUUAUGAACGCGAGCACGGCGAAAAUUCGUCGCCCAGCACGAAACCGAUGCCGUUGCAGAAGAAAAUGAUGAAUGCUGAGGUGAAAACGUUCGAAUGCAAUGUCUGCGAUAAGGCCUUUAAGCAACGCAUGAUGCUGAAAAUUCACAUGUACAAACAUACGGGCUUCAGACCGUUUUAUUGCAAUCUUUGUAACAGAGGGUUUUACGAUAGACCGAUGGUUGAAAAACAUUUCUUGAAGGAGCAUGGCGCAAAAGUGUCGAGAGAUUACAUCAACAGCGUUUGCAGGAACAAAUCAAUGGAUGAAAGCUAGUUUUUUUUAGUAUUUGGAAGUUCCUUGAACUACUUGAAGUGAAUUAUUGAUAAAUAUUUUAGUCACAUGUAGUUUUCUAAGAGUAAAUUAAAUGUCUUUUGACAGAAAUAUUUUUAGAUUUAUACAAAAAAAAGUAGGUUUCAGGUGAAAAAUAUUAAAGUUUUAUAAAAAAAAUGACAAAAAAGUUCUUGAAUGACAAAAAUUAAAAAACA